GUAAUUUCUGAACUGCUAAAAGUAACACGCAAAAUACUAAUGGAGGAAAAAAAGAGCAAGAAAACUGAAGAAGGCGGAGAAACUCCACGACACAGAGAAGUUGAGAUGACGAAGAAGAAGAAGAGAACUGCAGAAAAGUUCUGUAAAAUUAAGAGCAAAAAUCACUCCCGGAAUCAUCCAAUUCUAGCCGUUCGAAACCCAGAACCCAAUACUCUGUUCGCUCUAAUUCUGGCAGCUCUUCAUUCAUCCGACUCUUCUUCCAGUAGUUCCCACCUCAUCAGCCUCUGUUUGAAUCGACUCCGACGUUCCCUUCCCCAUAAUGCAUUCCCCACCGCCAUCCUCUCCUUGCUUCCUAUCCUUCUCAAAUCCGAGUGUGAUAACAUUGCGCGUAAAGCAGUUGAACUUGUUGGGGCUGCAUCACUGGUAUCGCUUGAAAUGAAUGAACUGAUUGCUUUAGAAGAUGGAAUAAUAGUAGGCUUGAUCAGCUUGAUUGAAAGUUCGGCAAGGGGUUUGUCAAUGGCUGCCUGUCAUGCCGUGCUGGAUCUUUCCACCACUUUGGUUGGCCGGUUAAGGCUACUGGAGUUUUCAGUGCUUGAGAAACUUCUGCACAAAUGUCAUUGCCUGCAGUGAUUUGUCUGUCUUGCAAUGUGAAGGACAAUGUGAGCUGUUCUAGAAUAGUUUUUGAGAAUGAAGAUUCAUCCAUAUUGCUGCUUGAAGCUACUCUUCUUUUGAUAAACUCCUGCUCUAUUAAGCAGCUAGAGGAAAUCCCUAAAAACCUUUCUGAAAACCUAGUCGUUCACCUGAAAGGAAUGUGGGAAAAAGUACACACCUUCAUGUUAUGUGAUACGUGGAGCUGCUUAGGAGACAAUUUUGUAAGCAAUAUCCGAGCAAAUGAUAUGGCUCAAAGUAUAUUCAGGCUAUGCAUGGAUGAUUAUCAAUGUGGAGAACAUCCAAAUGUUAAACAAAUCAAGGAAAGCAUUUUCGAUUUGGGAAAGAUGAAUUUUGAACAAUUUAUAUUUGACUACUGGGAGGCAUCGCCACUUCUCCUUAGAGGCACAUCAAAGGCUUCACUGCCGGAAGAUUAUAUUUUCAGAUCUCUUGCUAAAGCUUUUCAGUCAAGGGAGAUGCCUUCUUUCAUUCCUCCCAUGUUAGAGAAUCUCACUUCUUGUCCACCUAUUGCUUCAGACAAACUUGAUAUUUUUCAUUUCUUAGAGGAGGUUGGGGAUCAUAUUGGUUGUCCAAUAAUCUACGAUCAGGAUAUUCGUGUGGUUAAAACACACCACUCUAAGGGGGAGCUGCAUUAUUUUGUGCAGAAAUUUAGCUCUUGUAGCUCCCAGGAUCCCCAUAUUCUCCAUGUUAACGAGAUACGAAAGUGCAAGGAAGCUUAUAAUGAUGGGUAUACAAUUGCUCUGCGUGGUAUGGAAUUUCGUUUUAAAAAUAUAGCUACUAUUGCAGAUGGGUUAGCAUCUCUGUUCGGUCAACCAUCUGCAGGUGUGAAUAUGUACCUAACACCUCCAGAUUCUCAAGGUUUAUCUCGUCAUAGUGAUGACCAUUGUGUGUUUGUUUGCCAACUUAGUGGAACAAAGGAGUGGAAAAUAUUUCCUCGAUCCAGGGUGCAUUUGCCUCGCUUAUACGAAUCUAAAUAUAGUCCCGAGGUUGAGAAUGAACCGCUAGGUGGAAGCGAGCAUUUCCUGUUGAAAGAAGGUGAUGUUCUAUAUAUUCCUAGGGGGUUUCCUCAUGAAGCCCGUACAACCAUGGAUGAAGACGGAUCUGGAUUCUCUUUACAUCUGACUCUUGCUAUUGAGAUUGAGCCGCCUUUUGAAUGGGAAGGUUUUGUCCAUGUUGCACUCAAUCAUUGGAGGAGAAAACAUAGAGAGUUCCAUCAACCAUCCAAUGGCUCAACUUCUCUAAAUAUGCAUGUUAUGUCAGUCAACCUACUGCAUGUUGCAGUCAUGUUGAUUGGUGAAAUUGACCCUACAUUUCGCAAGGCUUGCCUGAUUGGGCAGACUUCAUUGUCAACUGUUACUGAGCGAUCAAUUGCUUUGAAUCAGAGAGGGAUUUUCCAACAUCUAAUCAGUAGGAUCAAUGAUGAGUCGAAGUUUGCAGAUCUGGAGUAUUUGGAAAUGGCUGUUCAAAAGCAUGAAAACCUCUUUCAGCGACUACAAUGGCUGCAGCAUCUUAGCAAGGAGGGGGAAAUGCUUGAAUCACAGGAAUCAAGUAUCUUUGCAGUGGAUCGAAGCUACGUUUUGCAGUUUUGCAGUCUUCAUAAGCACACUCUAAAAGGUGCAUUCUUGGAAGUUAAAUCCAAAUUCUGCGAAGAAAUUGUAGUGGAGGAUGUUGAGCAAGAAUAUAAGAUGCUCCUUGAUAGAUACAAGAAGGUAAGAAGGCAGUAUACUGAAGGGAUGCUUUCAUUACAUCUAACUAGUGAUUAAAGGUGAUGUAAAUUUUUUAGGGAAACUUAGGAAUGAAUUUCUCCAUGUUUUGAGUCGCUGUCUGUCCUCGGGGUAAAUAUAGUUCCAAAAAGUUUUGGCUAUUAGUUGCCGGUGGCAUACUUGUUUGCAAAUUUUAAAAACUGAGAGAUUUUGAAGAAUAGUAGCUUUGAGAGUUAGUUUUCUUGCUGCUUACUGGAUCUCAGAAAGAAUCAGGCAACACAUAUUUUGCAUCUCUAUUGAGGUUAUCCUCUCUUCCUAUAAAAACAAUGUAUUACACAGUGAUAUUACAGUAUCCAAUAAUCUAGAUUUGAUCUCCCAUGUCUCUUAUUCUUACUUUGCUAUAUCCACAUCUAGUUGUUCAAAUGAUAAGUACGUGUGUUUAUUGGUGAAUCACUAUUGUCACGGAUGUGUGGGUGUUGGUGUAGGAUGAGUAGUCGGCCCAGGAUGCUUGGGUGUUGGUGUAGGAUGAGUAGUCGCCCCAUGAUAAUCGAUAGUGUAGACAAUCUCCUCGUCAUUCAUGUUGCUUGAAUUUUGAGUUUCAGGGAAAUAUGCAUUGGAGUAGCUGCUUGUAAGUUUCGCUCCAUGCCCAGCAACCUGCUCUGCCUUGUCAAAAGUAAGGCCCUGCAAUUGCAUAUACAGCAUGUAAUCUUCACAGUGUUAUUGAGCCUUUAGGAGAACGCAUUGUAAGAUGAAGAGCUAAAAUAUUAAAUCGUCAUCUUCUGUUUGCAUUAUGGUUUGUCAUAUGAAUGUUUGCAUUUUGCAUAGGAAGGAAGUUUUCAGUACUGUACCUUAACUUGUUGUACUCCUUUCGGGCCAUGGUAAGAACGCCCUUCGCUGAUGGAUCGCCUUCCUGGCCGAAGAGCCAAAGAAGCCGAAGCAGGAUUCAUUGCAUCCAUGGAAACCAAAAUGAUCACCAUUAUUAAAAAGAAGUUGGAAAAGAAGACUGAAGACCUCAUAACUGCAAAAGAUGUUGCUGCACAAUAUUUCCGGGUCUUUUGGUGGUCAAAGAGGAAAAGGCCACCAUAUAAAUAGAAGUUCUCACUGGCAAAUUGGCAACUAAGAGGUAAGGAAGGGGAAAAAAAGGGUUGGGGUGAAAAAUGAAUGAAUUAUUGAAAGGCGGGGGGGGGGGGCAAGGGGAAAACAUCAGGUAUGAUUAGCCCAUGCUGAUGGUUUCUUAUGCUUUAUUUGAAAGACAAGACCAAUUUAGACCAAUCCAGGAAAAAUCUAUGAAUUCUGUGUUGCUAUGACUGUUUACCAGUCAAAUCUUUGUUUUUUGCAUGCGCCAAAAUUUGGUAACGUGGAUGCCUCCCUUCAAGAUUUCUUAUCCACAUAAAAAUUCCCAGCCCUCUAUUUUUGGCCCUAAUUCAUGUGAGCUUUGUCAAUGUAUCAUCAGCCAUUCUUGCUACAGUUCCUCUGCCAUUGUCUGCGUUAAGAUUAUUGUACUGAUUACAUAGAAGUUGAUCAGUACUUAACUAAUCCCAGGUUCAAGCUCGA